CGUUGUCGUUUGGGUUUCCCUAAUUCCUCUAGGGAUAUAUAUAUGGAAUGAUUUAAGUCAAAAAUCGGUUCCUCAUUUUCCAAUCCCACCUCAAAGAUUUACGUCUCCGCAAAUCUGCCGAGUUUCUCGCCUUUGGGAGUUGAAAAUGUCAGGCAAAGCUAUCUUUUCUGCUUUUGUUGGAUCCCUUGGUAUUGCAUAUGUGUGUGACUAUUUGAUUUCUGACAAGAAGAUUUUUGGAGGUAGUACUCCUUCAACAGUUUCGAACAAAGAAUGGGAGCUGGCAACUGAAAAAAAGUUUAGAGCGUGGCCGCGAACUGCCGGUCCCCCAGUGGUGAUGAACCCCAUCAGCAGCCAGAACUUCAUCGUCAAAGCCUCCCUCAACGAGCAUGCUAUCUGUGCAGGGCAGAGCUGCUUUCAAGGCUACAGGCAUUUCUUUCCUACAAGCAAAUGAUAUAGUGCUCAGCCUUCCAUCAAGAAUCAGCACUGUGAAGGUCACAUUCCACAAUCCCAGGAUACAAGAACUAACCUGUGGUUCUCUCCUCAAUCCAUCCCUAUAAAGAGGACAGGCUGCCCCUAAAACUAACACCAGAUUAGGCUUCAAAGCUCGUUUUGCAAGUCUAUAUCGUUAGCUACUCUGUGCUUAUGCGGUCAAGAACUAAGAAUGGAGGCAGAGAAACAGCAAUAGCACAAAUUAUUAGCACGGUUGAAAAGAAAUGGUACGGCCUCACUUUCACAAUUAGAGACGCUAAGAACAGAUGCCACGAGAUGAUGACCGCGGAAGCUUUCUCAGGCAAGAAAAGUGUGAAUGUUCAGUUUGCUUGUGGAAUCCAUUUGAUCAUACUAAGAUAGUAAGAUGGUGUUUUUGGUCAUAUGUGUGGACCCUUUUUUGAUAAUGUCAAAGUUGAUCCAAUCGCUUAGCUUAGCAAGGGUCACAAGAGUGACAAACUACCCAAAACAGCAGUGAUUUUAUAUUUCCGAGUUCCAUAAGGUGUACAAAAAUUGAUGAGAUUAUUAGAGACUUGAAUUUAUGCAAGUUCGUUCUUUGUUUUA